AUGGUUACUGUUAGUCCAGCAGAUGGAGAAAGAUACUACUCAAGACUUCUUCUAAAUCAUGUUCAUGGGCCAACUUCUUUUGAUGAUAUUUUGACGGUUGCUGAUCAAAAGCUGAAUUCCUUUAGAGGAGCUGCUUUAGCAUUAGGACUUUUGCAAUCUGAUACUUACAUAGAUGAUACACUCCAAGAAGCCGUGGCCUUCCAGAUGCCAUCUUCCUUAAGAUUGCUAUUUGCCACUCUGCUUGUUCAUUGUUCUCCAGUAAAUCUUGAACUACUGUGGGAAAAAUUUCACCAUGACCUCUCAACAGAUUACCAGCACCAAUGCUCAUUUUCUGUCCUUACUCCUUCAGAGAUCACAACAAGAGCGCUACAGGAUAUUAACAGAUCGUUGGAGCAGAUGGGAAAAAGAAUUACUGAUUACCAAUUAACUUCAAAUGAUUUCCAUUCUCCUUUUCAUGAACGAUUGACACAGGAGAUCGAAAGCGAAAGAGGUUUACAUGUUGCUCCAGAGGAUCUCUUACUCCCUCUCAAAUUGAACUCUGAACAGAAAAAUGCUUACGACUUGAUUCUUGCAGCAUGUUUUUCUACUCAGGGUGAAGCUUUUUUUAUUGAUGGUCCAGGAGGGACCGGAAAAACAUUCUUAUACCGAUCGUUGCUUGCUACAUUAAGAUCACAGGGUUACAUUGCCAUUGCUGUAGCCACUUCUGGCAUUGCAGCUUCUAUUCUUCCUGGAGGACACACAGCGCACUCAAGAUUUAAGAUACCAUUGGACUUUUCAAAGAAUAAAGCUUGUCAACUUAGCAAACAAAGCAGUGUUGCCAAAUUGCUUUUAGAGUGUAAACUUAUCCUUUGGGAUGAAGCAUCGAUGGCUAAGCGAGAAAUGAUUGAGGCAUUCGAUGAUCUGCUUAAAGAUAUAAUGGAUUCUAAUUUGCCUUUUGGAGGAAAAGUUGUAGUUUUUGGUGGAGAUUUUCGGCAAACUUUGCCAGUUAUUGAGCGAGCAACAAAGCAUGUCCUCAUAGAAUCAAGCUUUCCUAACUCUAUUCUCUGGUCUAAGUUACACAAAUUGAAACUCACGCAGAAUAUGAGAGCCAUGUUAGAUCCUGCUUUCUCUCAGUUCUUAUUAAGAAUAGGCGAGGGAAGAGAGCCUGUAGAUGCAAAUGGCGAAAUCGCUUUAUCACCUGAUAUAGUUAUUCCUUAUUAUGAUAAAGAUCAAUCUUUAAACAAGUUAGUUGAGAGUGUUUUCCCAGAUUUGCAGCUGUAUUCUAAAGAUCCUUAUAGGAUGAUAAAUAGAUGCAUCCUUGCUCCCAAAAAUAGCUCUGUCGAUGAGCUGAAUGAGCUAUUGAUAAACAAAUUUCCUGGAAAUGUUCAAAUUUAUAUCAGUUCAGAUCGGAUUGUUGAGCAGCAUCACCAAGGUGACUAUGAAGAUUUUCUAAAUUCGCAGAAUCCAAAAGGACUUCCUCCUCAUAAGUUGCUGCUAAAAGAAAAUUGUCCUAUUAUGCUUUUAAGGAAUUUAAAUCCUAAUGAAGGAUUGUGUAAUGGGACAAGGUUAAUAUGUAGAGAGCUUAGCUUGAAUAUCAUUUCUGCAGAAAUUGUUUUUGGCAUUCACGCUGGGAAAAUAGUCUUCAUCCCAAAAAUACCUCUUCAGACCUCUGACAAUGAAAGGAAUGGGAUUCCGUUCAUAAGAACUCAAUUUCCUGUCCGCCUUUGUUUUGCUUUAACCAUUAAUAGGGCACAGGGACAAACUCUUGACUAUGUGGGUCUUUAUUUGCGUGAACUUGUUUUUUCCCACGGACAGCUUUACGUUGCACUUUCUAGAGCUAGAACUGCUGCUGACCUUAAAGUUCUUCUUAUUCCUGGAACUUUUGAUGAGAAAAAGAUUGACUGCAGAACUAGGAACAUUGUCUUUAAUGAAAUCUUUCAUUUGACUCAGCAGUAA